GAAUCCGUAGCUGGAAGCAACAAACAAAGAAAGAAAGGGCUGUUCGUCUACAAAUACUACCCUCCCGCUCUUCUUCUCUUCCUCCUCUCCUCUCCGCCAUUAAACCUCACAAAAAUAAUUAAAAAAAAUACCCCCAAACUUUGCAAAAUUUUUUCUCCCCAAAUCCACCCAAAAAUCCUUCAUCCCCAAUCUUCUCAAUUCGCGAAUUCAUCCUCUCCAGCAAUCGCCCCCCAGUUUUUGUUUUCUCUUUCUCUCUCUCGAUUUUGUGUUUCUUGAGGUGUUUCUUUGUGGCCUUCUCGUCGCCAUUCUUGGUUGGAUUAGGGUUAGGGUUCGUCGGGAUGAGGGUGCACGAGGAGGCGUCGGAAGACAAGGAGCGGGAGGUGGAGGAGGCGCCGGACCUGAUGCCGCUGUCUCCGCCGCUGACCGCCGCCGCCACUGCCGCCGUGGUUGCGGUGGCGGGGCAGCGGCUGGUGGUGGGCUACGCCCUGACCAAGAAGAAGGUGAAGAGCUUCCUCCAGCCCAAGCUGCUCUCGCUCGCCAGGAAGAAGAGCAUUCAUUUUGUAUCAAUUGAUGAGACUCGUCCUCUCUCUGAACAAGGCCCGUUUGAUAUUAUAUUGCACAAGCUUACUGACAAGGAGUGGCAGCAAGUUUUGGAGGAUUAUCGUGAAGAACAUCCAGAAGUAACUGUCCUUGAUCCACCUAAUGCUAUUCAACAUUUGCACAAUCGCCAGUCAAUGCUUCAAGAAGUUGCUGAUUUGAACUUAUCAAAUGCCUAUGGUGAGGUUUGCACUCCACGACAGCUGGUUAUCAUGAAAGACCCAUUGUCUAUACCAUCUGCAGUUGCCAAGGCUGGACUAACGUUGCCCUUGGUUGCCAAACCAUUGGUAGUUGAUGGAACAUCGAAAUCCCAUGAACUAUCUCUUGCAUAUGUGGAGACAUCCUUGUCAAUGCUUGAUCCUCCUCUGGUUCUCCAGGAAUUUGUCAAUCAUGGUGGGAUCUUAUUUAAGGUAUAUGUUGUUGGUGAAACAAUACGUGUUGUUCGCCGAUUUUCUCUUCCUGAUGUAAACAUCUAUGAUCUGGAAAACAAUGAUGGCAUCUUCCGUUUUCCGAGAGUUUCCUGUGCUACAAAUACUGCAGAAGAUGCAGAAGUUGACCCUUCUAUUGCUGAACUUCCUCCAAAGCCGCUUCUAGAGAAACUUGGGAGGGAGCUUCGGCGCAGACUGGGUCUUAGACUGUUUAACUUCGAUAUGAUUAGAGAGCAUGGAAGAAAGGAUCGGUACUAUGUCAUUGACAUCAACUAUUUUCCUGGAUAUGGGAAAAUGCCAGGCUAUGAGCAUAUAUUCAUUGACUUCCUACUCAGCCUUGUGCAAAACAAGUACAAGAGGCGUUUAAGCGGGAGCUGAAGUGUAGAGAAUAUAUCCAGCCGAGAGUGAUACCAUUGACAACAAAAUGCCACCAAUGUUAGCUGGCAGCUUAGAUAGAUUUUUUUUUUCAGUUUGUACAGGUCAAGGAGAUGUUAGCUUUGAGGCAGAUGCCUGACGAGCAGUUCAAAAAAAAAAAAGGCUGCUUAGUGCCAGGACGAUAUUAAGAACAAACAAAAAAAGGGAAAGAGAAAAAAGGUUCGGUCUCUCCGUGCCCAACCUGUGUAAAUCGUUCACUGAGUUCCAGCCUGAAGCUUUUCAACAAAAUGAUGUGAUUGCCCAUUUCGAUGAGCUC